AUGCGAGGCAGUGGUGUAAUGGUUAAGACGCCUGGCAUUGGUUGUGGAAGCGAUCCAUGUAUUCACAACGCCGAAGGGCCACCAAGACUUGGAGUGGUGUGGCCAAAAUAUCCAUGCAUGGCCCACCAGCAUUGCAGACAUAUAUAUACAUAUAAGAAACAUUCCAUACAUCCAGGGAGGUGGUCAAAUGAAGAAAUAAUGACGUCAUUAAAUCGUUUGGAUGACGUGUCAAUCGAAGGAAAUCUUCAACUGGAGGACAGAUGCAGACACGCAGGCACUCACACGCCCUGGAAACAAAUCGAAAUCUCUUCCGGGUUUUUAAGCUUCAAAAGUUGUGCGCUGGCGAUAAUAAAGCAGUACCGACUGCAUGGGCAUAAAACAACAUUGCAGACUGUUCGCACAUCUCCAGAACGAUUCCGUGAUAGAAAAAAACUGAGCACUCCAACUACAAAGAUAUGA